UUGGUCCCUCACAAAGCCACUAGAUGUCCCCACACUACAGAUGUCCAGCUGCCUGCUGCGUGCAGCGUGUCAGCAGAACCUCCUCCCACAUGAACUUCAUGAUAACUCCACUGGCAGUGUGGAAGCAGCCAUGGAGCAGCAGGCCCUGAUACUGAGGAACCUCCUGGUCCAGCUGGAGAGACAGGACGCCGUGGACAACCAGGAACCUAAUGGCAUCGCUGGGGAGUUUGCGAGGUUAAAGAGCCAGUCGAAUAAGUACCGCACCGAAAAGACCUACCCCUCCAAGACGGCAGAGAAACCAGAGAACAACAAGAAGAACCGAUACAAAGACAUCGUUCCCUUUGAUCACACCAGAGUGAAGCUCACUCUCACCACAGCAAAAAAUGACAGCGAUUACGUCAACGCCAGUUUCAUCACGGGGGUGUCAGGGUCCAGGGCCUACAUUGCUACCCAGGGUCCUCUGCCUCACACUGUACUGGACUUCCUGAGGAUGCUUUGGGAGUACAACAUCAAGGUCGUGACAAUGGCCUGUCGAGAAUUCGAGAUGGGAAAGAAAAAGUGCGAGCGCUACUGGCCAGAAAAUCAAGAGCAGCCAUUUUCUUGUGAGCCUUUCACAGUUCACUGUGAUUCUGAGGAAAACAAAGGAGAUUAUCUGACAAGGACGUUACGGGUGACAUAUGGUGAUUGUACCCGAACUUUGAAACAGCUGCACUACUUCAACUGGCCGGAUCACGGUGUACCAGACUCCAUUCCUCCCAUUCUGGACAUGUUGGACGAGAUGCGUUCCUAUCAACCCCAUGACAAUGUUCCCCUUUGCAUCCACUGCAGUGCCGGCUGCGGUAGAACAGGAGUCCUUUGUGUCAUUGAUUAUACCUGGAACCUCCUGAAGAAACGGAUGAUCUCUCCAGAUUUCAAUAUCUAUGACUUGGUUCAAAACAUGAGAACCCAGAGGCCCUCUGUGGUUCAAACCAAGGAACAAUAUGAGCUGGUGUACAGAACCAUCAAGGUGCUGUUUGAAAGAUACAUGCAGUCCGUGGACACAGAGACAUGCAGCAAUGAGGUGCCGACGGUCCCAUCCGCCAUCACGCCCAAUAUUGAAGCCAAGCUCUGCGACUUGAGUGAGGUGUUGGAUCUGCGGCCACAAUUCCAGCACCUUCUGGAAGAGGAGAGGGAGGUUUUGUACCACACUCCCUUGCCUUCCGCUUCAGAAAAUCACAUUGGCUCGAGAUCUAAAGACUUGCUGCGGGACCAGGAACAAUGGCACCUACUCCGAACACUUCCUGGGGCUCUGACCGCUGCCCAGGCCCCGCAGGAGGGGCCAAAGACCCGGGCGGGAAAGCAGAGGAUGGAGGAAAGCGAGGACGCGCCGCCUGCGAGCCCUCCACAUUUACCGGCUGUGGCUGCGGCCAUUUGUCUGAUGGUGGAGGACCCUUACUUCGACACGCCGAUGAGCUUCCCUUCAUCAGAGGAAGCGGCCAUUGACUUGCAUGAAGACGCCUUGCGAUGGACAGUAAGCUCCAUCGCCAGCACGCCCUCACUGUGUCUUAAUGAACAGACUCUGGAGCUUAACUCUCCGGCCUCAGCAGGUACUGUUGAAAGUGAUAUAAAUGGGGAGGUACCACCUCCCCUACCUCAACGAACCCCUGAAUCCUAUGUAAUGGCUGUGGAUGCAGAGCAUUCAGAUCCCUUUGACAAGUUAACAGUCGUCAUUCCACCCAAUUAUGCUGCUGAGGCUGUUAGGGAGUUGGGAAGCAACCCCCCCUCACCUGUCCCCCCACUUCCUGAGAGAACCCCCGAAUCAUUUGAGUUGCCCGUUGACCAAGCCCCCGUGAAGCCCAGGUCAGACGUCAGCCCGGCAGCGAUGCUCAACAGAAUAGGAAGGUCUUCAGAAUGGUCUGGUGACUCGAUGCCAGCCGCCACCUCACCUCAGAGCGAGACGAAACCAUGGGUGAGGAGUAAGAGUCUUAAACCAAAAAUGACCUUCACAGUUGCGGCAAGACAUCAUGAUCUCGCAUUAAGUACAACUGCCACAGACAUCCACCCUUCCUCUCCACCUCCGGAUCCACCGAUUCCUCUGCGGCUUCCCCCAACGGAGGAGAGCCUGACUCCUCCUCUUCCUGACAGAACCCCCGAGUCCUUCAUCCUCACCACAGAGGAGCUUCAGGAGAAAACAGCGCCCAGCCUGCCGCCCUUGGAUGCAACGCGGCCUUUCCCGAGGGUGGGCCUUUCCUCCGAGUGGGAUGGCACCGCUCAGCCCGACAAGUUCCACCACGUUGUUAUGAGCAGAAGCAAGAGCGUUCGACCCAACUCUUUCAGACAUGAGCCCCUCACUGCGUUUCGGCAGCCCGCUCCACCCCCUGUGGUUGUGGCCGGAGCAGGAAGUGCACAAGAGGGGCAGCAUGAUCUGAACCACAUUGCCUCCGUGAACACCGACACAUCAGGAAACAACUGUGACAAAAGCAGCGAGAAGGGCAUGUCUCGGACGAGGAGUUUGAAGUUUUUUAGAAACAAACCAAAACCCAAAGCUGAUCCUCCAUUGCCUCCCAAUCAACCUGGAUCACAACCGCCAUCGCACGGCCUCUCGUCUACGUUGUUCAAGUUUGGUUUUGGGAACCGUUUCGGAAAGCCAAAAGGCCCGAGGAGUUAUCCAGAGACCUGGGAUUGACAUUCAGUCAUCUCUAGAAAUAUCAAAACUGGAACCUGUUCUCGUAACGCUGAUCAACAUGAAGCUGAAGAAAGAUUGCCGUUGUGUCGCACAGCACAGCAGCACCCUCAGCAGCCGAGAACAGGAAGCAUCUGGUCUCCAGCUGUGAUGCACUUUGUGCAGCACCUAAACGAGGGAGAUGUCCUUUUGUAUCGAGGAGCAAACGUGGACGGCAACUCGGACCGGUGACCUGGAUGUUGACUCACAAACUGUGGAAAAAAUAAAAAGGGGAGAAAGGGGGAGGGGGGGGGGGGGUCUGCAGUUGACACUUCUUCUUGUAAUGCUUAACGCUGUUAAACUAAAAUAUGUUUUGAUGGGUGUGCAUUGGUUCUUCUGUCGUGCAAUGCGCAAACUGUUAAAUCGCAUCUGGUUCGUUCUCACGUUUUCUAUUAUAGAGACAACAAACUAGAUAUCUAGCAGUGUUCCCCGCGUGUCAAUCUGUUUUAUUUUUCUGAAAUCAUUUUCGCAUCAGUCUGUAGUUUUUAAAACCAUUUUAAAGCAGUGGUGAUACGU